AUGUCGUCUGGAUACCAGGACAACAAAAAGUACCCGGGCCCGGGCCCUGUGGUGGGCGAUGUCGAGGUUAUCUCGGGCGAGAUCGUGCCUGUCGGGCUGAACGAAUACGAGAUGCAGUUCGCUGAGGUCGGCAUGGUCAAGCAGGGCCUGAAGCAGCGACACAUCCAGAUGAUCGCAUUGGCCGGCACGAUUGGCACGGGUCUCUUUCUCGGCUCCGGUCGUGCCAUUGCCCAUGCCGGUCCUCUCGGCGCCUUUCUGGGCUACUCCAUCAUCGGCGUGACGGCUGCCGGCGUCGUCAUGUCUGUGGCCGAGAUGGGCGCUCUGAUCCCGCUCAACGGAGGCAUCGUUCGCUACACCGACACCUUUGUCGACCCGGCGCUCGCCUUUGCCAACGGCUGGAACCUGGUGUACUCAAAUAUUGUGUCGCUACCGGCCGAGAUUGUCGCCGCCGCCGUGCUGGUCGAGUUUUGGGUCACCGUCAACAACGCAGUCUGGAUCACCGUCUUCUCGUUCCUCACCAUCGCUACCUCCCUCUUCUUCGUCCGGCUCUAUGGCGAGAUGGAGUUUGGCUUUGCCAUGCUCAAGAUCAUCCUCAUCGUCAUGGUCAACGUCAUGGCCAUUGUCAUCACUGCCGGCGGUGCGCCGAACCACCAAGUCAUCGGGUUCAAGUACUGGCACCACCCCGGUCCGUUUGUGCAGUACCUCGGCGUGUCCGGCUCGCUCGGCCGCUUCCUCGGCUUUUGGACAACCUUUAGCAACGCGCUGUACUCGUACUCGGGCGUCGAGGGUAUCACCUUGGCAGCCGCCGAGGUCGAGGCCCCUCGUCGUGCUAUUCCCCUGGCAGCUCGACGCAUCUUCUGGCGUGUGGCCAUCUUCUACAUUGUCACCAUCGGCAUGGUCGGCCUUGUGGUCCCGUCCAAUAGCAAGCAGCUGCUCCAGAGCACCGGCACCGCUGCCCAGUCUCCUUUUGUCAUCGCCGCCAAACUUGCCCACAUCCGCGUGAUGCCGCACGUCAUCAACGCCAUCGUCCUCACUAGCGCCUGGUCUGCUGCCAACUCGGGCAUGCUCAGUGGCAGCCGCACGCUCUAUGGCCUCGCUCGCUCCGGCCGGGCCCCCAAUAUCUUUCUGCGGCUCAACCGCUUUGGUGUCCCUUAUGUCGCCAUCGGCUUCUUCGGCCUCUUCAUGGCCCUCGGCUACAUGACCCUCUCGGACUCGGCCUCGACCGUCUUCACCUGGCUGCAGGAUCUCAUCUCCAUCUCCACCCUGACCAACUGGAUCAUCAUCUGCAUCACCUACCUUCGCUUCUACUACGGCUGUCGUGCCCAAGGCAUCGACCGCAGCGAGCUUCCCUGGGCUGCGCCUUUCAUGCCGUGGCUGCCGUGGGGCAGUCUGGCCCUCUUCCUCUUGCUGCUUCUCACCAGUGGCUAUACCACCUUUAUGAGUCACCACUGGAACAGUGAGACCUUUGUCUCGUCGUACUUCAACAUCCCCUUUAUCUUUGUUGUCUAUUUCGGGUACAAGUUCGUCAAAAAAUCCAAGAUCGUCCCGCUGAGCGAAAUUCCUAUCCGGCCCUACAUCCAGAUCGCCCUGGACAACCCGGAGCCGCCAGAGAAGCCUAAAUCCACGUUACAGAAGCUGAACAUACUGUGGUCGUGA